UCUAAUUGUACACGUAUUUGGAAGAGGGGAAAGUUCACCAGGUGCGAGUUUUUGUACAUCAGUCUGCGAACUGUGUUUAUAAGAAGAGGAACGACCGUUAAAAUAGCCGUGUUUAAAACCAAAUUUAAAAUAAAAUUUGAAGCAAUUUCAAUAACGAAAUAUAUUUAAAUAUACAUUGGUCUAACUUUCAAAUAAAAAUACUUGAGGAUUACCUUUAGAUUGAAACUUAAGCUUUAAAAGGAGAAAUUUAUAUAUCAAACAAGUUAGUCAUCGCAAGUGCAAUAACGGAGUGGAAGUUGCUGACAUAACACUGAAUUGAUCUAAUAAAAUGGAGAUUGGGGACUUUUCCUCCAUGACGUCAGUCCAUAAUCAUUCACCGAAUGCGCUCAACGGCGAUAAACCAAUAAGUCGACGGUUAAUUUCAACAAUUCAAACUAAACAUUUAUAUACUGAAGCGAGUUCGAUGGCGAAUAAAGCUCCCGUUGUUUCUGGUGAUAGUCUUCUCGAUGGGAGGAUUGAGGAAUGGUUAAAUUGGGAUAGAAAUGAUGUGACAAAAAAAGAAAUUGAAACGUUAAUUGCAAAUCAAGAUUUUGAUAAGUUGAAAAAAGUACUUUUAAAGAGGUUAAAGUUUGGAACUGCUGGGUUAAGAGGACGAAUGGGCGCCGGAUUUGGUUGUAUGAAUGAUUUGGUUAUUGUGCAAACUGCACAAGGGGUUAUAAAAUAUUUGGAAGCAUUAGAUAUUGAUCAUUUACAAAAAAAUGGUAUUGUUGUUGGAUAUGAUGGAAGACAUAAUAGUAAAAGAUUUGCAGAAUUAACAGCAGCAGUAUUUCUCUCAAAGGGUUACCCGGUUUAUCUCUUCAGCGAUUUAGUACCAACCCCAUUUGUACCAUUUACUGUUACAAAGUACAACAGUAUAAUGGGAGUUAUGGUGACGGCAUCUCAUAACCCAAAAGAUGAUAAUGGAUAUAAAGUUUACGCCGCAAAUGGGUGUCAAAUUAUUUCCCCCGCGGAUAAAGAAAUCCAACAAUUCAUCAUGGAUAAUUUAGAACCAUUGGACGAAUCUUGGGAUACAUCGAUUGUUGCUAAUCAUGAGAAAAAAAUUGAUCCCCUACCAGAAGUUUUAGAUAGUUAUCUAGAGAUGAUUUCUCAAAACAUUCCUGAUAGUUACAAAGAAAUUAAUAAAAAUUGUAAAAUAUCAUUCGUUUACACUCCAAUGCAUGGUGUUGGGCAAGCUUACAUGGAACAAGUGAUGAAAGUAAUUGGGUUAAAAAUAAUUGCGGUGGAAGAACAGAAAAAACCAGACCCCGAGUUCCCCACAGUCAAAUUACCAAAUCCAGAAGAAGGUAAAAAUGCUCUCAAUUUAGCUGUUGCAACUGCCAAUAAAAACAAUGUUACUAUUAUCUUGGCUAACGAUCCAGAUGCGGAUCGAAUGGCUUGUGCAGAAAAAAAUAAAAAUUCUGGCGAAUGGAAAAUUUUCACCGGAAACGAAUUAGGAGCUCUUUUAGGUUGGUGGGCACUUCAAAAUCUAAAAGCUUCCAACGCAUCGUCUUCAUUUAGAGAUAUUUUUAUGAUAGCCAGUACGGUUAGUUCGAAGAUUCUUAAAACGAUGGCUCUUUAUGAAGGUUUCAAUUUUAUUGAGACAUUAACCGGAUUUAAAUGGAUGGGAAAUAAAGCGUGGUCGUUAAGAAAAGCCGGUCAACAAACAAUAUUCGCUUUUGAAGAGGCCAUUGGGUACAUGUGGACUGAUAGAAUUUUGGAUAAAGACGGUAUUCAAGCUGCAGCUCAAAUGGCUACAUUGGCAGCUUAUUUAAAAUCGAAAGAUAUGACAAUUAAUGAUCAAUUGGAAGCGAUUUUUAAACAAUAUGGGUAUCAUCUAUCUUUAAAUUCUUAUUAUAUAUGUUCAGAUCCCGAAAUUAUUGCAAGAAUUUUUUAUCGAUUAAGGAAUUAUAAUAGGGAGUAUAGGGGGUGUUGUAAUCCAGCUCCACCCCUUUUACCACUGUAUCCUCGAAGCGUUGGAAAUGGAAAAUACCCAAUAAUUAAUGUAAGAGAUUUAACAAAUGGGUAUGAUAAUUCUAGGGAAAAUAAUAAGGCUAUUUUGCCGAUUCAAAGAGAUUGUCAAAUGAUAACGUUUCAUUUUGAAAAUGGGCUCGUAGCUACGUUAAGAACGAGUGGGACCGAACCAAAAUUGAAAUAUUACACUGAAAUGAUUGCAAAACCUGGUCAAGGGAAUCGCGAAGAAAUUGAGGAAUUAUUAAAAAAUAUGGUUCAAGAAAUGAACGAGGAAUUUCUUGAGCCUGAUAAAAACGGACUUCAACUACCCCCUCCUUAAAAAAAUCUUAGCAAAAAGCAGCUAAUUUAUUUAAUAUUUUUGUUGAUUCAAUGUUGUUAGUUCAAUUUUUUAAACUAAUAAUAUAUAUAAACUGUUAUUUUUUAUCUUUCACAAUCUUGUAGAUAGUAUUUGCAGUAUUUCACAAACUGUGAUUAGGUUACCAAAAAAAUUUUGUUUUUUUUAUUAUAAAUAAAUCUAUCCAUGUUUUAGUAA